AUGGAGGUUGGAGAGCGUUCAUUAGCUUCUUACUAUCCAAGAUUAUUUCAAAUAGUUUCAGAAAAGAGAGCUUCAGUUAAACAAUAUUUUGAUUCAGCUUCUCAAACAUAUUGUCUGAACUGGAGCCAUAGUCUUCGUGUUGGUGAUCGUGACCUUCUCGCCAGACUUCAAGCUCAGAUUUGUCAUCUUCAGCCAAGAGAGGGAGCUGUUGAUUCAAUUUGUUGGGAAAAAUCUGAUGGUUAUACUCCGACAGCUCAAAGGCCAGUGAUGAACUCUUCUACAAUGGCAGUACAAAAUGCAGCGGUUUUAACUUUUACUAAGUUAUGGAAAAUUAAACUCCCGCCUCGAAUUAUUUUCUUUUUCUGGUUGCUGUCGAGAAGCAGAAUUUCCUCAUUCAGUUUAGCUUACAAAGGCGUAAUCUUAUGGGAAAAUACGGGCUGCACAUAUUGUUCUUUAGAGAAAAAUAAUUUGCAUAUUAUCAUGCACUGUCACUUUGCAUGGGAGGUUUGGAGCAAGCUUCUUCAUAUGUGUAAUACUAGUUCUGCUAUGCCAAAUUCUUUGCUUCAUUUUUUACAAUUUAUGGGAAUCACUUUCAGAUAUGAAACAUCGUGUUUAUGGAGGACAAUUUGGUUUUAUUGUGUUUGGGAUUUAUGGAAGGCAAGAAAUAGACGGGUUUUCAAUGAUGAGAUUAUUGAGGCAGAUUUUGUGGUUUACAUGAUGAUUAGCAAAGCGGUGAAAUUUUACAAAUUGACUAAUCAUGGAUUUGCUUAUUCCGGAAAUGAUGUUUUUCGCAGUUUAGUAUUUUUUUGUAAUCAUGCUUGA